AUAUAAUUUCAAUUAUUUACAUAUAUGCGUGCAAGGCCAUCAGUACAAUAGCAUGAUAAAUGUUCUAAACAUUGGCUUUUAUUUUGUCGCUUUUACGAUAUGGCCUUGCGUUUCCGUCAAUGCUUAUUAUUAUUGUGAUAAGCAGAAGGAGUUAUGUGGCACUAAAAAACAUUUUAUGUGUAAUCAGGAUGAUGUGCCUAGGGCAGGGGAACUCCUUGGACUUUUGCCAUUGACAGACAAAAUAAAGCGUAUGUAUGUCGAUCGACACAAUGAGUACCGUAACAAACUAGCAGGGGGUGAACAAACUUUCAAAGGAGGUGAAAAAUUUCCUAAAGCCGCGCGCAUGCGUGAAAUAAUUUGGGAUAGCGAGUUAGCGUACAUAGCUGGACAUCAUGCAAAACGCUGUAAUAUGAAGCAUGACGCCUGUCGUUCUACUGAGCGAUUUCCAGGCUCCGGUCAAAAUCUCCAUAUAAUGGGCACAAGUGUAAAGCCAAAAACGGUAGCAAAUGUGGUAGUGCAGGCGGUGGAUGAUUGGUGGAGCGAAUAUUUAUUGGUGGAUGAUGGAAAUAAAAUGGUAGAAGAAUUUCCAAAAGGCGCUGCAGACUGGCAUGCUAUUGGCCACUUCUCUGCCAUUGCAAACGAACGUGCAGCUUUCGUCGGUUGUGGUCUGGCGCUAUGUCAAAACUGUUCGUUUGGAUCUUAUUGUAUUGAGGUUACCUGUAACUACUCAAAAACUAAUGUAGCAGGCACAUUCAUGUACAAGAAAGGCAAUUCAUCAGCCUCCGAGUGUGAUCAUUAUGAAAGUGUCCAGAGUAGUAAAUAUCCUCAUCUUUGUGAAAAUACCGGGAAAAUAUUCAAUGAUUAGACUGAUUUGCAGAUUUUGGGUGUGGUUAUAAAAUACCUUAUUUAAUUGGCAAAAAUAUCACAAAACGUGGUACUACGAGUAUACAUUGUGACAAAACGGU